UCUAACGAAACAAAUGAUCAGUUUCCCGUUUGCUUUCCCGCUUGCCUCCAGCUCGCUCGGCCCGCCGAUAUUUAUUCGCUGGUUCCAACCGUCAGUGGCGCUGCUGCGGCAUUUUGUGACUCUGAUUACGAUGACGAACUAAUUUCACGAAAUUUUCAACGAAGUUUCAAAAAACUGUAAACCCUAGUCAUCGAGCAAGAUAGGACUUGAGUGGCGGAGUUCUCGGCAUCACUGCUUCCAUGCCGCCUAAGAUAGAGAAAAACGAUUCCCAAGUCGUUAUUAUUGACAGCAGCGACGACGAGAAUGGCGCGGUGCCUGGAACAAGUAAUGCGGCUUUCAACAAAACUCCGUCAGAGGCGGGGCCACUGUCACUGUUUCAGCAACAGAACAACCUUGAAUCAAACACAGUAUCCUUGGUGCCUGGCAAUGUCGUGCCCCGUAGCUUCUGGAAAGCUGGGGACUACGUUGUUGGUCCAAUUGUGAAGCCACCUCCUGUUCAAGGUUACUUGGAGCACGCUCGUGUCCAUCCCAAGUUUCUUCAUUCUAACGCAACCUCUCACAAGUGGGCUUUUGGGGCAAUUGCUGAGCUCAUGGAUAAUGCUGUUGAUGAGAUUCAAAAUGGUGCAACCUUUGUAAAGAUUGAUAAGCUUGAUAUCAUGAAGGAUAAUUCACCAGCAUUGCUUGUCCUGGAUGAUGGUGGCGGGAUGGAUCCUGAAUCAUUACGAAAAUGCAUGAGCUUGGGUUAUUCAUCGAAGAAGUCCAAGACAACUAUUGGACAAUAUGGCAAUGGAUUCAAGACUAGUACUAUGAGACUAGGUGCAGAUGUCAUUGUUUUUAGUCGUGCUAUGCGAUCAAGUAGGAAGACACAAAGUGUGGGUCUACUGUCCUAUACCUUUCUGCGAAGAACAGGGCAAGAUCACGUUAUUGUUCCACUGAUAGAUUUCGACAUAUCUGGCCACUGGGCAGAGCCAGUUAUUUAUAGCUCAGAGGAAGAUUGGUCAGCCAAUUUGAAAACAAUCCUUGAUUGGUCUCCAUUUGCUUCAAAGGAGGAACUAAUGCUUCAGUUUGAUGAUAUUGGUUCCCAUGGAACGAAAGUUGUAAUAUACAAUCUAUGGUUGAAUGAUGAAGGCGUAUAUGAAUUGAGUUUUGAUGAUGAUGCUGAGGAUAUCAGGCUGAGAGAUGAAGUAAAUCGUGGGGAUGUGAAAAAGUUGAACAAAAAAGCUGUUCAGCUUCAGUCACAUAUUUCUUAUCUGUUCCAUUAUUCAUUAAGGGCUUAUGCUUCAAUGCUGUACCUCAGAAAAUUUCCCAACUUCAAAAUCAUAUUAAGGGGACAACCCGUGGAACAGUUUGACAUUGUAGAGGAGCUGAAACAUUCACAAGUAGUUACAUAUAAGCCCCAGCUUGGCAUGGCAUCAAAGGAGGUUACAGUGAUGACAACCAUUGGUUUUGUAAAGGAAGCUCCCUCUCUUAAUGUUUCUGGAUUUAAUGUGUACCAUAAAAAUCGCCUGAUCAAGCCUUUUUGGAAAGUAACAGGAGAUGGUUCAUCUAAAGGGAACGGUGUUGUAGGAGUUCUUGAAGUGAAUUUUGUAGAACCAGCCCAUGACAAGCAGGAUUUUGAGAGAUCAUUGCUGUUCAUUAGGCUGGAAUCCAGGCUGAAACAAAUGACAAUGGAAUACUGGAAAAGUCAUUGUCACUUGGUUGGCUAUCAACCACCAAAUUUCAAGUCACGUAAUGUGCCACAUGGAAGCGAAGUCCAACAUUCAACUGGACAUUUAAGUAAAUCUCAAGAUGAGUCGCUUGCUGUUCAACGAGCUAUUGGUAUGGCAGAGCAUCAAGAAGAUUCUAGUUUAGAUCAGUCAAUUGCAGGUCUUCCAGCAAAUGUGCAGUACUUGCAGGAGCAGCAUGUAGUAGGAGCUCCAGGGUCCCAAUCUGUUGAUCAGAUCCGUGAUGAGAACUUGAGACUUUUCUGGAGGUGUGAGGAACACAUGCGUAAGGAGACUGAGCUGAAACAGAUGGUUGAGAACUUGGAAAAGGAGUUGGAGGAAGCUCAAGGGAAGUGUGCUCAACUUUCUUCGCUCUUGGAGGCUAAGAGGAGGCAGAAGAAAAUAGAACUGAAAAAAAAUUGAGAAACUGUUUUAGCAACGAUUGGCUUUGGCGGAUGAAUGAGUUAGUGAUGAAUCUUUGCUGAAGCCUGAAAGUUGCUUCUUUGAUCUUCUGAGGUUUCUUUGAUGACCUCUUUUUGUUCGAGGGGACUAGUCAGUGAUCCAAAUUUCUUUGGAUUCCUUUAUUGAGCUAGACUACCGCUAGUCCAGCUAAGUAUUUUUUUGAGCUUCGCGAACGCAAGAACUUCUGUAAAUUUCAUCUGUUGGGCUGCUCUGUCAUUAAUUCCAUCAAUUUAUUGGGAAAAGAAAUUCUAUCUUUAAUUUCCAGUACAAUUUUAUUGUCGUUUGCUUGUCAGGUUACAUUUAAGGUGGUAAUAAUUAUUGUGAAAUCAA